AUGCAGUCAAACCUUGCUAUCGCUCUUCUCGCUUUUGUCAUCAAUCAGAUCUCUGGCCAAAACUGCCCAGCAUUUGCUCCAAAUGUUGCCACCUCCUCGUUGAAAUCGACGGGAACCGGCCCUCCAAGCAGUGGAACAACUUGCCCAAAUGGAGGAAUCUGUUUUGCCCUGAAUGGUGUUGACAGCUGCUAUGUGUGUGCCGACGCUUCAUCAAGUUGCUCUAACUGGAACACGAAUGGCUUCUGCUCAAGCACUUCCUACACCACACAAUACAAGCGAUCCUAUUGUCCAAAGACUUGUGGAUACUGUUCAUCAACAACAUCAACUUGCACCGAUGCUAGCACGAGUUGUGCCACUUGGAACUCAAAUGGGCUAUUCUGUUCGAGCACUUACUAUACGACUGCCCAAAAAACCCAAUACUGUGCCUCGACGUGUGGUCUCUGUUCAGGAAAA